AAUAGAAAUUGCGUUAUUAUUAUUAAAUCAUGUUCGGCUAAAACAAUACUAAUGUUCUGUAAAUUAAUUGCUAUGGACACUAUGAGUUCCAAAUGAUAGACUAUUUCUAGAUGUUGAAGAUCAUGUUAAUCUGUUACCGUAAUAUGUGAGGCGCUAAAACAUAGACGAAACCAUGUUACUCCUACGCACCCUCCGUUUCGUUUGGGUAGCUGGCCGUGAUGGAUUUGAAAGGGUAGCGCGUUGUUUUGCGGAGUAGAAAAGCAGUGGGUUUGCAUCCCUUCCCCCUUUUGACACAUCCCUCUGUGAAGAAACCGCUGCCGCUGCGCUGAUUUCAUUGGGAGGCAUCGCCAGUUAUGUCUCUUUUUCUUAUAGGACACUGGGCUUGAGGGACAGCUUUCAGCCAUUUUAUCACCGGUGACUAAAGUUUCGUUGUCUGGUUGUUUUUUUUUUUUUUUUGCCUUCUCGAUUUUUGGACAAUGCUUUUAUAAAGUACAAAAGUUUUUUAUGUUUUUUUCCUUUUUAAAAAAAGUCGACGCGCGAGAGCUGGAAUAGUGCCUUUUAUUGUGGCGAGCUCCUUUUUUCCAGCAUGUGCUGCAUGUGACGGUAGUGAUGCGAAGCAUGGGACAGGCUGUGCACACAGGUGAAUAGCUGCACUGCCCCAUCGUAGGAGAUGACAGAUGGACGGAAGGUCGGACCCCCCUGUGCCGCAGUCCAGCAUGGACCAGAGCUUCAGCUUCAGCUCUCUGAAGAAGCUGGCCGCGGAACCGGAUCACACCGACGUCACGCUGUCUGCGGCCGAGCGAGUCCGUGCCCUAAGCAAGAUGGGCUGCAACAUCGAGAUCAACGAGGACAUCACCCCGCGGCGGUACUUCCGUUCCGGUGUGGAGAUGGAGCGCAUGGCCGCCGUCUACCUCGAGGAGGGGAGCCUGGAGAACGCAUUCGUGCUCUACAACAAGUUCAUCACGCUGUUUGUGGAGAAGCUUCCCAGCCAUCGGGACUACCAGCAGUGCAGUGUUCCUGAGAAGCAGGUCAUCAUGAAGAAACUGCAGGACGUGGCAUUUCCACGGAAAGACCAGCUGAAGAAGCUUCUCCAUGAGAAGUACAACAGAGAACACAUGGAGUACGUGAAGAGUCAGCACGUCUGCGCCCAGAGCCAGGCCGCAGAGGUCUGCGACCAGCAGCUGCAGAGGCUGUCGCUCCUGGAGGAGGAGCGGCAGCGCGUGGCCCAGCUGCGCAGGAUGCAGAUUGAGUCCGAGCAGUUCCGCUACUUCGAGGACCAGCUGCGUCGCCAGGAGUUGGCCAACCGGAAGGACGGGGCUGCCCUCAAAGUGCAAGAUCAGACGGACGGGACGUGUCUGUCCCGCACGCCGAAGAACCACGUCAGCCUCGGGUCCAAUCGCAGCAAGCAGGCCGUCCCCAUCAACAAGCCAACCUCAACUCUGGGUGCAGUACAGAACCAGAGAGUGGAUGGCUUGAGACGGGUGGUGAUCUCGCGAGAUCUCACUUACAAGUUUCUGCUGCUCGCGGAUGGAAACACGGCCAGAGGAAUCGAGACGUGCGGAGUCCUCUGCGGAAGACUAACCCACAAUGAGUUCGUCCUCACCCACGUGAUCAUUCCCAAGCAAACCGCCGGCCCAGACUACUGCGACAUGGAGAACGUGGAGGAGCUCUUCAGCUUCCAGGACCAACACGGGCUGCUGACGCUGGGCUGGAUCCACACACACCCGACACAGACGGCAUUCCUCUCCAGCGUGGAUCUUCACACACACUGCUCGUACCAGCUGAUGCUCCCGGAGGCCAUUGCCAUAGUCUGUGCUCCCAAGCACAACGACACCGGAGUCUUCAGGCUGACCAGCCCUGGAAUGGCGGAGGUGGGGAACUGCAGGAUGAAGGGCUUCCACCCUCACUCGAAGGACCCCCCGCUGUUCAGCAUCUGUAAGCACGUUGUGGUGAAAGACACCAAAACAAUGGUCCUAGAUCUCAGGUGACAGCGACGAGAGCCUCGCACAGUGGCCCCCAGCCCCCCACAUACACAAACAAGUUUCUAUUUACAUCGUUGUUUACUUGAAGGUUUUUGUAUUUAUUUAUUUUCUAAGAGGUACUGUGAAUCGAUAUCGCUUUACCGCGCAGAGCAUCAUGGGUGCUCUUUGUCGCGGAGUCAUUCCGACGGUGUUGCUUCUGCUGGUCUUUUAACUCGAUGUCAGCUUUGUUCUCAGUGGCUUCUGCUAUCGGCUAAAAUGAAGUGCGGUCAGACACAACUUGAUAAUCCUACUAACUUUCGGGACAAAACAAUGACGUGAAGUCCUUCAGGUAAAACAAAAUGAUGUAGAGCUAGCGGACACACCCCUUCGGGAACGAGAGUGCGCUGAAAUAACGGGCACAUUAAGGAAUCCUUCCUGCUGGGAUGUCAGACACCACACCGAAGACGUGAGAAGGUUCCGGUACGAAUUUUAACGCAAAGUCCUCCUGUGUGGUUAUAGCAAUAGAUACAGUAAAUAUAUACACAGGUCAAGCACUGUACAGAAAAAGCUAAAUAUAUCGUAAGCCAUGGAUAAAUCGAUAUAAAAAGGUUUUAUAUUGUUUUAAUACCUUGAGUGGUUUAACAAAUUAAACUAAGUGUCUGGUUAGCCACACACCAUGGCAACGGAUUUCAAAAAAAGCAUAGCUGACAAGUGUUGACCUUGUUUUUUUUUUGUUUUGUUUUACCCUGGAUUGAUUGGAUAACCUACGUUUGCCUUGAGGGUGGUUUGUUUACGGUAGACAGACUAAACCAAAGUGCUCAGAAUGUAACUCGAAAAAAAAAAACACGAAACGCCUUACAGGGGCGGAGCUCCUGCCAUCGACGGAAAGGCCUUGACGAGACAACGCUCAGGUAUCCAAGCUCGUCCUGCAUCGCGACACGACGACCGGUCUCGCCCCAGGCGGAGAAACAGCCAGCCACGUUCAUGCACUUAGCAUGUUAGAACAAUGUUAGAGAUAAUCUGCCAAAACCACGCUCUGUCUGAGAGGUUUAAAAACAAACAAAAGACGCUCCUGUUUUUUUUAUUAUUGUUUACGUGCCGUGACGUUAAGGUGGCUUCAUACAGUCCCAGUGGCGUUGCACAUUGUUGUGGCAUUAUGUGACGGUGGACAAUUGAAGACAGUAUUUUGAAUAUCUGAUUUUUGUUCAUCUGCUGUUUUAAUAAAGAACUUACCCUUUAUAAGCUG